AGGCAGAAUAUCUUUGGACUACUAUUAAUUUACACGCUGAACUACAAGAUUCUUUGCUUGGUUUGUACGCCCCCCUUUACGCCGCAUCUUAAUAUUGUAGUUCCAAUUUUAUCCCCCUAAGCUGAUGUGAGUGUUGUUCUUGAAAAACAAGAUGUGGAUAAUUCGAAUUCCUUGCUGAACCGAGUAUCUUAGGAACUUCAUUUUGAUUCUCGAAGAUAGAGUCAACCACGGUGUCGUUUUUUUUUUAUACUUAUAGGCAACCACACCCACAGUGAAUAUUCGAUGGCAAGAUGAUCAUGUCGCGUUGCUAUCGUCAGGGAGCACGGGUCGUUGCUUUGUUGUCCUCCAAUGGCCUAUUGUGGCACCAGCAGUCCGAAGUUGAUGUUGGACUCGUCUUCGCUAGUGCGACCGCUGUUGCCACCUUGUCUAAUACCACAAAGACGACGUUUGUGAAUCAAUGCGAGGCCUCUGCGGUUUCUCAGGGUCAUGUCUGUGAACUCGUUGGUGCGGACAAGGUGAAACUCGAUGACUGCGCAAAGGCGAGCAGUAUCUCCAUUGGUACAGCGCCAGGCACGGUUACUACUAUUUUAACGAGGUACCCGGACACGGAUGACCCGGCGGGCGAGUGCUAUCGUGCAGAGCCGUACCUGCGUGGAGCAGGUACGGGCGGGACGACGGCGGGAAGCUAUCUAGAAUUAAGGCUCGAUACAACGAAUAUACUUUAUUCAUUUCAUUUCAUCCAGCAGUGGUCAACAUUUUCUUCGGCUUUUUUCCUUUCCUCCUAGUAUAGAUUGUUCCGAAGAAAUGCCUCCAAGGAAGAAAUGAGUUGCUUUGAGCUCUAAGAGAAGUAACAUAUACGUGCCUCGCGAGUGGAGGUACCGGAUCCGCUAAGUAUCUGAAUGUGCCGACCACGAAAUUCAACUCGGCCAAUGGCGACUUGCUCUAUUUGGCACUGAUGCGCGAGUCUGUUGGGGAUGCAUUUUCUUUCGGCGGUAUUGGUGCUGCCACGACUCUGGCUCCAACGACUCUGGCUCCAACGACUCUGGCUCCAACGACUCUGGCUCCGACGACUCUGGCUCCAACGACUCUGGCUCCCACAACAUUACCUCCAACGACGUUACCUCCUACCACGGCAGCUCCACCUUUGUUUUCGUUUGUUACUACGUUGCCGCCAGCAACCGCGGCGCCGGCUCUUGGUGGCCUUUCUUUUGUAGGAGGAGGAGGACCUUCAGGUCCUCCCCUGUCCUUCGUUGUGACAACGACGAUCGCACCACCACCUGGCGGUCUUGGCCUUGUUGGCGGCGGCACCAGCGUGGGUGGCGCUCGAGUCUUGAGGGAAGGAGGGGAAGGAAAAAAUGAAACGUAUUUGAAUUUAUGGCUUGCCCCAAUCCAUCUUCGGAAGCACCCCCAAGAGGCUUCUCAAGGGGAAAAGCCACCUUGGAUGCAUCUCGGGAUGGAUUUGGGUGAGCGCUAAUGAAUCAUCUGGUGUCCACCGAGUCCGACGAGUCCACAUCAUCCGCAGGUGAGAAACGUGAAUUGAGUAUUUUUGGAGGCUCUUCAGGAACAUUAAGGCAAGAACCAAGUCAGUGACCAUCCUCAGCAUCAUCCCUGGGCUCUUUUUCAAUGGGAAAAAGGGCCUGAGGAUCAUGGCCUCAGGGAUGCCACGCGGUAGCUCUAACAAGAGGGAACUUUGCUGAUGCGUAUGCUCGUUUCAUCGUCUGCAAAACGACCACAAGCACUCCUGGGCCAGCUACAACAAUGACUCCUAUAACUACAGUGGUCGUCACCACGACUCUUGCUGCUACCACCACUGUUGUUCCUGCUAGCACGGUAGCAGGGCCUGUGCGCGGGUCUUCGGUAGGAACGCCGGUUACCACAUCGACAACAGGACCAGCUACCACAGUCGGCGCGACCAUCACACAAGCUACAUCAACUACAACAUCAACGUCGAGUACUACAGCCGCGUAUAGUCCGGAUGUUGCCUAUCCCGUUCGCAUUGAGGGAAAUUAUACUUCCUUAGAAGUCCUUCCCGCUGGCGUCACGGGACCCAUACUACAGGCAUCAUCGCUCUUCAGUUAAGGCUUAAUACAGUAUAAUGCAUCUUAAUACUGUAAUGCAUCUUUUCUUUGUCGUCCUCCUUUUUUCCAAGGGAAAGAAAACACGGCAAAGAUGCUUUUGUUUCGAGAUGAAGUAUACUAUAAUUAUCUAUAUUAUAAACCAAAACUUAUUUUGAAUGCUAAACGGGAGUGACUUUACGGCUUGAGAUGUACGCAAAUCAUGGCAAAGAUGUACGGGCUAGAUGUAUACGUCUGAGAUAUAUAUCUCGAGAUAUAUAUCUUGUACGUAAAUCACGGGAAAGAUGUACUCUUGAGAUGUACUUACACCGGGGCGAUUCGUAGUAGGUUUCCAAAAUUCCACUUUUUUGAGAUGUACGGAAAUCAUGGGAAAGAUGUACGGGUUAGAUGUAUACAUCUCGCGCCGUAAAAGUGCCGCGUUUUUGAGUACAACUUUCCCGCGAUUCUGCUCCUGCUAAGGCUUUCGGCAGUACCUCAAAACCCUGAACCAACAGCACAAGCCAAGGACCGCGCUGCAUGGUCAAAAAUAAACGAAGAGCGAAGCGCCUCAGCCUGGGGCCAGUCAUCUCAUGAAGAAAAUCCGCUGCGUCUGCGUAUGUGCUACAAAAAGGACCCACAUGCAAACAAAGAAACGCAAACAGAGGCAAGCACCCAGCAGCUAUACGCUGAGCAAGUUAGCACCUGCGUGCUUUUUGGAUCAGGCGCCUGGGCUUGAGCUGGCUCAAAGGGUCAGACCUUUCAAGCAGGUCAAAAGUAGCCAGCGACUUCAUAAAGCUGCGCGCUUUGGAUAAGGGUUUCGAGCUGACUCAAAGGAUGGGGCCGCUCAAGCACUUCAAAAGUAGGCAGCAACUUCAUAAAGCUGCGCCUUUUGGAUAAGAAGCCUGAGCUGGCUCAAACUAAAAGGCUGGGACCUUUUAAGCACCUCGAAAGUGGACAGCAAUCCCAUAAGUUUGCGCUUUUAGGAUAAGGAGUCUGAGCGGGCUCAAAGGGUGGGACCUUUCAAGCAGAUCAAAAGUAGACAGCAACCUCAUAAAGUUGUGCUUUUUGGAUAAGAGGUCUGAGCUGGCUCAAAGGGUGAGACCUUUCAAGCAGGUCAAAAGUAGACAGCAAUCUCAUAGAGUUGUGCUUUUUGGAUAAGGAGUCUGAGCGGCGUCAAAGGGUGGGACCUUUCAAGCAGUUCAAAAGUAGACAGCAAUCUCAUAAAGUUGCGCUUUUUGGAUAAGUGGUCUGAGCUGACUCAAAGGGUGAGACCUUUCAAGCAGGUCAAAAGUAGACAGCAAUCUCGUAGAGGUGUGCUUUUUGGAUAAGGAGUCUGAGCGACGUCAAGGUCAAAGGGUGAGACCUUUCAAGCAGCUCAAAAGCAGACAGCAACGGCAUAGAGUUGCGCGCUUUGGAUAACAGGUCUGAGCUAAGUCAAAGGGCGACACCUUUCAAGCAGCUCAAAAGGAGGCAGCAACUUCAUGGCGUUGCGCUCUUUGGAUAAGGGGCCUGAGCUGGGUCAAAGGGUGGGACCUUUCAAGCAGGUCAAAAAUAGACAGGAAACGCAUAAAGCCACGCGCUUUGCAUAAGAGGCUGGAGCAGAGUGAAAAGGUGGGACCCUUCAAGCAGGCCAAAAGAAGACGACAGCAAUCGCAUAAAGCUGCGCGCUUCGGAUAGGAUGCCUGAGUGGCCUGAGCUGGGUCAAAAGGUGGGACCUUUCAAGCAGGUCAAAAGUGGGCAGCAAUUUCCUAGAGUUGCGCUCUUUGAGUAAGGCGCCUGACUUGACUGAGUGAAAGCGCGGGACCUUACGAGCAGGCCAAAAGUAGGCAGCAGCUUCAUGAAGUAGAGCGCGCUUUUUGAGCAAGGAGCUUGAGCAAGGAAAGGCAAAAGGCGGGACCUCUCAAGCAAGCCAAGCCAAAAGCAGACAGCAGCCCCAUGGCGUUGCGCUUUUUGGAUAGGAUGCCCGAGCUUGGUCAAAAGGUGGGACCUUUCAAGCAGGUCAAAAUUGGGCAGCAAUUCCAUAAAGCUGCGCGCCUUGAAUAACCAAGCUGGCCAGAUCUGGGCCAAAGAGCGAGACCUUUCCAGCAGGUCAAAAGUGGGCAGCAAUUUCAUAGAGUUGCGCCCUUUGAUUGUGGGAGACCUCUGAGUGAGCUGACUGAAAGGCUGGGACCUUUCAAGCAGGUCAAAAGUAGAGAGCAAUAUCAUACAGCUGCGCUUUUUGGGUGGGAGGUUUGAGCAGAGUCAAAAGCCGAGACCUUUCAAGCAGGUCACUCAAAAGUAGGCAGCAACUUCAUAAAGCUGCGCCUUUUGGGUAGGGUGCCUGCGCUGGGUCAGAGGGUGAGACCUUCCCAGCAAGUCAAAAGGGCCAGCAGCUUCACAGCGUUGCGCCGUUUGGAUGAGGGUCUUGAACUGAGCCAAAGGGUGGGACCUCUUAAGCAGCUCACAAGUACGCAGCAACUUCAUCGCGCUGCGCUUUUUGGAUCAGAAAAGAAUGGGCGCAAAGGACAAGGCCUCUCGAGUAAGCCAUAAGUAACCAGCAAGCCCAUAGGCUUGGGCCUGCUUUCUGAUCAGAAAGCUCAAGCGGCUCACAGAUUGCAUCGCCCAAGCACAUGAAAGCCGCACAGCACUGCUCGCGUGGCGUUGUUCUUGUUCACUUAGAUCAAAGCCUUGAGAUGACGCAUGCCCACACCUCUCGAGAAAGCCAGAAGCAGAUAGGGAAGCUAAGCGAUAGAGCGCAACUUGCCGUAAGCUUGGGAGGGUAAAUGGCUCACAGAGAGCACACGCGAAGCAGCUGAAGCGUAGGCAGCAACGCGACACCAUAAAGCUGCGUGAUUUGGAUGGAAAACCCAAAACGGCGCAAAGAGUAAAACCCCGCAAACAGGCCGAGAGUAGAACGGGGCCGCCCCCUAGUUCUCUCCACGGAAAAGAUCCACGGUAGACGUUCUCAUGGUGAGCGGAGUCGGGCGUAGUGCUUCGCCCACUAUGCGGAGAACCGAAAGCGACAAGCCUGGGGCCCCCCUCGUGACACUGCCAUGCCAGCCGGAGACGCAACACACUCCAAGAGUAGGGGACCCACGCCCAAAACCCGGGCCAGGGGGCGCGCGAGGUUCUCACGGUGAGCGGAGUCGACUGCAGUGCUUCGCCCAGCCACUACGCUGAGAACCGAAAACAGCAGGCCUGGAGUGAUCUGCUCAAGGAUUUGACUCUCGGCGUAUGUAUUUGGUUACCCGUUUGCCUCAUUCGUUCGAAGUAGUUCCUUUUGGGCGUUUCGGGUGCUGCCAGGGUGGGGGUUUAUGUAGCACGUAGUAGCUUGUAGCGCGGAGCUGCUUUGCUUAUUCCAUAGCCCGCCACUCUUUACGUAAUUCGUAGCACGCCGGUAGGCCGUAUGGAUUUUAUGUAACUCGUAGCAUUUGCCAGACCCUUCCGCCCUGCCCCGGCGUGUGUACACGCCGGGGGCACGUGGGCGGUAUAAUAUAUAUUCGCAAAACCGGUUAGUUUUCACCUCCACAAUAUCAGGCUUACACCGUGCAACAAUGUAUAAGGAAGCUCUAACUCAAACAGAAAAAAGCUGAAGGGCUUCGCGACGGACUCAGCUUACCCGGCCAAAAUUUGGUGGUUGAAAUCUUAUCUAUCAUGGAGUCAACGUCGCGUCUCAGAUCAUUAUCAGAAAUGAGUGAAGAAGAAGAGGAAGGUCACGAUGAUGAUGAUCGCCAUUACAGCAAGAACAGAAGCCCCGCCUCUCCUCCACCCAGAAGUACGUCAAAUAUGCUGAAUAGAAGACUGCAGUCGUCCUUUACGACAGAGUGGACGAUUUUGUUCCGUGUGGAUGCUACUAUGAAGGAGCCAGAGCGUUGCGCAGUGCCAGCUCUGGCGAAAACGAAGGGGACGGACAUUGCGGUCGCGACAAAUGCUGUCUUCAGUGAAACAGAUUGGAGUAGCGAUCCGCUUUUUGCAGGAAAUGCAAAACCUCAAGUGUCCACUGUGCUCAGUGUGGGAGUCCUUUCGCUGAAAUUGGCCAUGAACGGCGUCGCAGGUGUGUCCGCGGGAACGACGGCCUUCGAGACCCCACCUUUGUGUCCAGGGGUCACUCUGGCGCCUGUGUCCGGAUUGCUUGGCUCGACCACGGACGAUGAUUAAGGCUUCAAGAAAUCCACCUACUUGACCAGCAGCAUCUUAAUGGGCGUGUAGUUUUCCAAGCAGGGAAAAUUGUCACCAGGAUGCUCCGUAGGAUGGAUUUCUCCAAGCUCUAAGAUGAUGACACAGCGACCUCAACAGAAGAAGACAACGGCAUGGUGGUGGUUUUGAUCUUAGUUGGUGCAGCCAUUGUGGUUGGCAUUGCUUUGACCGUCCACUUUUGCCAUAAGCGAGAACAGACGACAACCCAUCAGCGAGUAUCCAAGCGAGUCAGUGUGGGAUUGGAUUCUUUAGAGAACAUGAAAAGACAGCAAGAUGGAAUCAAUGAAGACAUUGACAUCGUGGAAGAGCACACGAACGCUGCCGUGUACAAGAAAGUAAGAAAGAGUAUGGCUGCAACAAGAAAUCCAUCUUCAUCACUGUCAUCCUGGUCCCGUUUUCAAAGGGAAAAGGAGACCCAAGAUGCUGCUGAAGAUGGAUCUCGCUUAGUUCUAAAAAGAGCAUGGCUGCAGCAGAUGUCGAAGACAUCGAUGUCGAGUUGGUCAUAGAGAAAGCCGCACAGCAAAAAAUGGACGCGUUACUGAUCACAACACCAAAGGUCGUUAGGCAGUUCAAGAUGUUGCCUCAUCGGAAACAGAAACAGCAGAAGGAAGACGAGCGGAUGCAUCAAUCUGGACUGCGUGUCAUUAAGGCUCACAACACUUCAUCUUAUGAAGCAUCUUUGGGCCCUUUGUGAAGGGGACAACACGCCAAAGAUGUUGCACUUCAUCAAGAUGAAUAUACUUAUGUGCUGAGGUCUAAUGUCAGUACAGGCCAGUCUGUUCGAGAAGAUGGCAGUACUGCUAGGGUCUCUACAAUCGGAGGUCAAUUGCCUGCGGCGCGGUCUACGUUUGCCAGUGGUCGCAAUUCUUUGACACCGCGUGCCAGUGGACGAGGUAGAAUCUCAGGAGGUAUGACGCCUCGUACACGUACAAGUAGUAGUGCUCUGACACCUCGUAUGUCCGCAGUGGAGAAGCGGUUUUCGAGAGAGAAUGCACUUUUGGGAAAACGCAUCUCUAGAGAUCCUGCCGCAAUUGACCUGAAGGACUUCAUAAACCGAUCCUCACAGUCGUCAGGGUUGAGCAAUACCAGUAUUCGCAAUAAAAUGAUCGUGGAAGAGAGGUGCAGCAGACUCAGCAGGUUGAGUGCGCCAGGUGCGCAGGAGAAUGCAGAGAAGGUCCUCAUAGGGCAGGAGGCUGUCGAUGCUGAUGGAAAUAAACGGCGAUCAGGAAGAUUGUCGCCAAGACGAGUCUCACGUGGUUUAACUUCUAGAUCUAGAAGCAGGAAAUCCCCAGCUGCUAAGCCAAGAUGGUCGCGACUGCCGCAGACAGAAGACGACUUUUCCGGAGUACCUCUGGCAGAGGACGUACAGAGGGAAGAGGAGCGUCUGUCUGCUCUGGAACAAGAGACUACAGAAGCAGAUGGAGGAAGGACCAGCCAAGAAACGGAUGCAGGAGCACAGGAAACAGCUGGUGAAAAACACAAAAAGAAAACCAAAGGCAAGGGUAAAAGAAAGAAGAAACACGCUGAAGAGCAAUACAAGGACGAUGGAAACACAACGAAUCAGAAACCAAGGAGAGCAGACAAGGUGUUGCCAGAGAAAUUCGAAGCUCCUGGGAUCAUCAAAAAGGAUGGCGAAGACGGAGAAAUGGCACGGAGUUGUUUGAUGGGUAAAGCAGGUACUACUGGCGCUGGCGGUCGCCGCAUCCUUGUACCAGACGCAAACAUACAACAACAUGCUUGGGGAAAGCAUCCGCAUGAUCAAGAGCAAGAACGGGAUAAUGUUAAUAUUGAUCCACAUCCAGCAACCUCUACUGUAGUAGAAACACUCAUAGACAUAGACAACCAUGUUGUGCACCAAGAUCGUGGAGACGAGGGUAAUGAUCCGAUGCCCGAGCCUGAUGAAAGUGAUGGAGAAGGACAGAACGUGAAUAUUACGAUAGGUCGUGGAACAGGAACUGCUCCUAGUGGAGACACAGCUCGCGGAGGUCAAGGUGCGCCACGGCCAGUUAAGGUCAACAUUUAGUAUCCAUCUUUCUCGGCAUCUUGGUACCCUUUUGUUUCCCUUGUGCUUAUUCUUUUCAUGGGAAACAAAGUGGUCGAGAUGCGAGGACCUAGAUGAAUAAAAGCCGACUCUAAGCCAGAGCUGAGUCCAAGAGGGGCAAAGGCAGAGGGCGAGCAAAUACCACAUAAAAAGAAGGCAAAAGCAAAAGUCAAAAAAGUCGCGAAGAAAGGAAGUAAAGCGGCAAAAGAUGAGGAGUAGGGGAAGUGAGUUGGUCAAUAUUCCAUGCAAGAAAUUAUGAGUUUGAAUUCUUUGAAAACGCAAAAUGAAUACUUUUUGAUUUGUAAGAGCCGGUUUGCGUAUCCGAAAAAUAAUUGCCAUCACGCAAGUAGGAGUAGUCUCUCUUUGGAAACGCCAGAUACUUUUUGAUUUUUAAGAAUCGGUUUGCGUAUCCGAAAAAUGAUUGCUAUCACGCAAGUAAGAGUAGUCUCUCUUUGGAAACGGAUGAAGAUUUAGUAACUACUGCAACUUUGAAUUGUUUAUCAUGUAUAGAAAACAUGUAGCUUUUUUCAUGCAGAUUGAGAGCACGGGAAGGUGAUACAAUAGAAGAGCAUUAGCAUUUCAAUGUAAUUGGACCACCGAUUAAACAGAUCUUGUAGUUGGGCGUUUGCGCACGGUUAUCUUUCGACGAGGGUUGAGUACUCAAUUCUAGGAACAGGGAAAAAGUUAGACGCGUGCGUUGCAUUUGCAGCAGACGAGAUGGCUAAGGAAUGAUGUGAACAGCAAUGUGCCGCCUUGUUACAACAAUACUUGAUGAAUUUGAACAGAACUUGAAGAAUAAAACUCUGAGUUUGCGCGUCAUGGAUGAUAAGUGCUUCUUUUCCACCUUCUGAGAAAGCAACAAGG